AUGGCUGGUGCUUACGGAGGUUACAUGGCAAGUAAAGGCAAAGAGCAACUCGGAAUAUGGGAUGGAAUGUCAGAAGCCAAUAUAACUUCAUUCAUCGAGGAUUACAAGAAGGAUCGUGGAAACUCCCAUUCAUUGGUUGAGCACGCUUGUCCGUAUAUCUCGGAGAUGCAGUCAUACAAAGAUGGAAAGAAAGGGGGAAGUUACAAAAUCUGCUGCGAUACGGUGGACUAUUGCUCAUUCUACGCUCAGUCCUGGUUCUACUACACCUGUGGAGGUGUUGCUCUUCUCAUUGUCAUAAUUCUGAUUGUCGUCUCCUGCUGCUGCUGUUGUAAGAGAAGAGGUGGUGGUGGUAAAGAUGCGGAAUCGAUCGAGACAAGUGAUGCUACCAAAAAUGAGGAUUAUUGA